GGCCUCUUCCCUACAUCCGGCCUGGCCGGCUCGAUCUGAGGGUUGCGGGAAGCAUGGAGAUGCACGGUCAACCCGACCCCAGGCCGAACUGUUCUUUGUCCACCCCGGGCUGCUCGGGGGUGUCGGUGUCCAAGGAGCUGCUGACGGCCGGGAGCGGCGGCCUCGGAGGAAUAUGGGACAGGUUGCUUAUCAACUCCAAGCCUAAUUCCAGAAAGAACUCUAAUCUUCAAACAGUUCGGAUAGAGAGGAGUCCCUUAUUGGACCAAGUACAGACCUUUCUCCCACAGAUGGCCCAGGCAAAUGAAAAGUUAAGAAAAGAAAUAGCAGCUGCACCACCUGGUCAGUUUGAUAUCGAAAAUGUUGAUGAGACUGUUGGAAAAAUUAUACAAAUGGAUGUGGCCUUGUUUGAGAUGAAUCAGUCUGACUCAAAAGAAGAGAACAGUUCAGAAGAAAGUUCUCAAGACAGUUCAGAGAACAGCUCAGAAUCUGAGGAUGAAGAAGUCAGCAUUCCUGAUCAAGUCACCAUAGAUAACAUUAAACUUCCUAAUUCAGAAGGUGGAAAAGGCAAGAUAGAAGUUCUGGAUAGUCCUGCCAGUAAAAAGAAGAAACAAUGAAAUACAUGAUCUGGAAAGAUGCGUGAUGCACGCCUGCUAAUUCUGUCAUAAAGGUUGUGAUUCCCGGUUAUCUUGUGUUGCAGGUACCCAUGGUUUUAGGUAGUAUUGUAUGUAUUUUGUUUCUCAGCAAAAUGAAAGCUGGCAUUUAAGGACGUGGACUACAUGCAGAUUAGACUUGUCUUUGGUCUCAUGCUGAAGAGACUUAGGGUUUAGAAAGCUUAACUUCCUGUGUGGUCAUGACUGAACUUGUUGGUACCUUUCUUCAACAUGGAUUUCAGAAAUACCAGUUCAUUUUAAAAAAGAAGUAAAUUACCUGUUUUCUGUUUAGUUUUGUUUUUAAAAUUACUGCACUGGAAAAAACCUAAUAUUUUUAGGUUAUUAUAACAUCAAACGAUUUUGUCACGUCCAAGAUAGAGUCAAUAAAGGAGACAUUUUUUUAGAAGAAAAAAGAUUUUUAUAAGGAAAAAAUUUACAUGUAUUUUUAGCUACCCUGAGGUAUAUCUAUUUUCAUUUGAAAACUAUUCCUUUCCAGUUUGGCCUUGGAGAGCGAACCGGGGCUCUGUGAUUGGAUCACUGUCAGUGACUCUGCAGCC